GUUGAGCGAUUUCGGUCCUCCGCGAUGUCGACAGGCUCUGCGCCGGCCGUGGAGCCGGGCCAGCCGGCCGGAACGUUCCUGCAGAAGAAACUGACAAACGUUUUCGAAAUGGGGCUGGAGAACGAUCGUGAAACAUUGGAGAUCCUGGCUCAUAUGUCCACAUUCGUCACGGAAAACAGUAUUCGGACCCGCAGGAACCUUCGCGGGGAAAUCGAGAAGCAGAACUUGGCCGUGAAUGAGGAGUUUUACGAAUCCUUGAAAUCCCUCAAGACGCAAGUUGAUUCGUUGUGCGAAGACAUCGGAGUCAUGAGCACCUGUUGCGAGGAUAUAAUCACUCAAUUAAAUACUACGAAAGCUAAGACGCAUGGGUUGAUCAGCAAAACAUCCACCAUGAAGAAGGAAACCUCGAAACUUGAGAACAACCACGCCUUGGCUACUGCCGUGCUUGAACACUUCCAGCUGACUCCCGAAGAGAUCCGUCUCCUUCAAGGAACCCCGAAAGAUCUCACCGUCGAGGAUGGUUUCUACGCCGCUCUCGACAAGCUGAAGAAAAUCCAUGACGAUUGCAAAUAUUUGGUGCGGUGCCAUCAGCCGACUGCUGGCUUGGAGAUCAUGGAAAAUAUGUCCCUUCACAUGGAGGCCGCCUAUGAGCAUCUAUUCAGAUGGAUCCAGUCGGAAUGCCGCCUGACAACCGAUGAGACGUCGCUCUUCAAGCUAUCGAAAGGCUUCGCCGCUCUACACGCGCGACCUCUGCUCUUCAAAAAAGCCAUGGCAGAAUACAACAACGCCAGGAGAGCCUCCGUCCUGCGCAGUCUGAUUGACGCCCUCACGAGAGCGUCUCCCGGUGGAGGGAAACCUAUCGAAUUUUACUCGAGAGACGCUCUGAGGUACACCGGAGACAUUCUAGCUUGGGUGCAUCAAACGGUGGCUACGGAACGAGAGAACUUCAAAGUACUCCUCUCGAAAUGUGAGAGUUUCGAUCUCGAUGCGAUGGCCAGCCAAGCCAUCGUCCACAUCACCGAAGGCCUAUCGCUGCCCAUCAAACAGCGAUUGGAACAGAUCAUGACGCAAGAGACGAACACUGUGACACUAUACCGCAUCUGGAAUCUAGUGAAUUUCUACAACAAGUCACUCGAUAUCUCGCCGGUGGACGAUGUGGACGUGAAGGACACUUCAUUGUGCAACACGAUCCGAGACCUACUCGUGCUGAGCAAGAAAUUGUUCACGAAUUCCCUCAUAGGACAUACGUCUCGCCUGCUGGAGCGUGUCGAAGCUCCGUCCGGAGACUUGGGACCCCCAAUAUGUUUUCAAAACGUUCUGGAUCUUCUGCGGCAGAUAUUGUCGUGUCAGGACUCGCUUUUGGCGGAAGAGCGGCGGCUGGAUAUCGUACAGAUACUCAAUCUCAUGAUUGACCCCCUGAUCCAGAGUUGUCAGCUGUCGGCAUCGAAACUGGCUGCGCCGGACAUGGCCUCCUACAUCACGAACUGCUUAUAUACGCUGUGUACGGUUUUGUGUGUUUAUGAAUACACGGAACAGAAGCUGGAGCUGUGCAAAGCCCAGAUCGAGGCCCAUCUGUCGACGCUGGUGUCAGAGCAAUGCUCGGUCCUACUAGGCUCGUUAAACAUGGGAUCUCUGUUCAAAAUGUGCGAGGAACCGACAAGUAUCUGCGGCCCGGCAUCCCAGUUGCCCGGCUGUGACUCUAUCGCGGUUCAGACCUUCGCUUCGAAGUUCGAAGAGUUCCUCGCGAAGCCCGAUUUGAUGACAAUACCGCAGGUGUAUCUAUUGUUGAGCGGACUCCAUCGCCAGGAAGUCAAACAGCGCACUCUGACAGUCAUUUACGGAGCUUACGAGAAGUUGUUCAAAAUAGUUACAGAUCCGAGUAAUGCUUACACUGAUAUCGCUCUCAGAACCCCAGAAGAUGUGAAAGCUGUACUUUUUGGCAAUAAAUGAUGCACGGUCUUUUCCA